UACUUCAUCAAUUCAUCCUCCUAAUAAAUACGCUAACAGUAAUACAUUAUUAUAUGCAUAUAAAUAAAGACGAAAAAUCCACGGGUGGGAACGAAGCCGGUGUGGUAGACUGGUAGACCAGCUGUGACUGUCGGCGUAUGCUAUUUCUUUCUCUCUCUAGACUCCUCUGCUUAGAGAGAGAAAGGGAAAACGCAGUUGUUUCUUCUUCUUCUUCAUACGAAAAAGUAACCUCAUCAUUGCGAUUUCCGCGCAAGAUAAUUACGCUGCGUAAUUGGCAUUAUUGAUAUCAUUACGGCGCUUCGAGAGUGUGUGUGAGAGAGAGAGAAUUGAGUGUAGCCGAAGCACUGCAUUGAUUGCGGAGACACGUCAGUGAUGAGAAAAUUCAGAAAACUUUAACCUCGCACGUGAUUCCGCUGUGGAAGCAAUGUAGAACGCGCGAACUGCGUUUAGAAAUGGUUUCGGCGCUGUCGCCGGAGUUCGGAGAGUGAAAUUCGUUUGGAGCGAAAUCGGUUUGUUGCAAUUGGAUCGAGAGCGCGAUGGAGUCGCGGAUGGAUCACUACGAGAUCAUGGAGCAGAUCGGUCGUGGCGCGUUUGGCGCUGCGAUUCUCGUAAACCACAAAGCGGAGAAGAAGAAGUACGUGUUGAAGAAAAUCAGGCUCGCGCGGCAGACUGAACGAUGCAGAAGAUCUGCUCAUCAAGAGAUGGCUCUUAUUGCUCGAAUUCAGCAUCCCUACAUUGUGCAAUUUAAAGAGGCUUGGGUUGAGAAGGGUUGCUAUGUUUGCAUUGUUACUGGAUACUGUGAAGGUGGAGACAUGGCUGCAUUGAUGAAAAAAUCAAUCGGGGUUUACUUUCCUGAGGAGAAACUCUGCAAGUGGUUUACUCAAAUACUUUUGGCAGUAGAAUACCUGCAUUCAAAUUUUGUUUUACAUCGUGAUCUGAAGUGUUCCAACAUCUUUCUAACCAAGGAUCAAGAUGUUCGCCUAGGGGAUUUUGGGCUUGCUAAGACACUAAAAGCGGAUGAUUUGGCUUCUUCGGUGGUAGGAACUCCCAACUAUAUGUGUCCUGAACUUCUUGCAGAUAUUCCUUAUGGAUUCAAAUCUGAUAUUUGGUCACUAGGUUGUUGUAUAUAUGAGAUGGCUGCUCAUCGCCCAGCUUUUAAAGCUUUUGAUAUGGCAGGGUUGAUAAGCAAGAUAAACCGUUCCUCUAUUGGCCCUUUGCCUCCCUGUUAUUCCCCAUCUUUGAAAACGCUGAUAAAGGGCAUGCUGAGAAAAAAUCCUGAGCAUCGUCCAACAGCAUCUGAAAUCUUAAAACACCCUUAUUUGCUGCCUUAUGUUGAUCAAUAUCGUUCAUCUUUCUGUACCCCAACAGCUGGUUCUCCUGAAAGGCCAAUUUCUGCUGUCCAUCAUCCUCGAAAAAAUAAGCCAGAAAGUCAAAACAGUAGUAGUAGUUUGAGUCCUGAGAAAGAUAGUUUCAUGUCGAGUGAGAAAAACACUGCAAAUGAAGUAAAGAAGUGUGAUAGAAAAAUCACCGAAAUAGACCUGACAUCAAUUGAGGAUGACAGCUCUGAGCAACUCCUGCCCGAGGAAGAGGGAAAUGGCUCCAGUAGAGUCAAUGCCAAAACAGAUGAGAAAGAGCUGACGAAGCAAUCUAAUAAUGUACACCAUUCUAAUGCUGUAUCUAAGCAACCAAAACCAAUUAAGAAUGUUGUGACAGCUUUAAAAGAUGGAAAACUUAGAGAGACAAGUUCUCCAAUAAGAGGCAAUCGCAUAAAGGUUGGUGGUGUAUUGACCCAUAAAAUAAAUUCAGAGACAGUGUCCAAAUUGCCCAAACCCAAUUUUGGUGCUUAUGAUUUGAAGCCUAAUUUGGAGGUGCCAACUACUGCACCUUCUAAAACAACUCCUGAUUCUGCAAAAAGAAUGCAAGGAUUGCAUACUUCAAAGCAUCAGUUACCAAUGAUAGAAUCCACUCCAAAAACUAAACCUCGACAUAAUGCGAUUCCACCAUCUGGUCCAGUCAAACAAGUAGAAGGACGGGAAGUUCCUUCCAAGCCAAGGCAAAAGACUCGUCCAAGCUUACUUAAACCACCUUCUUUUCCAGGACAUGUGAGGCAGGCUGGGUUUGAUGUUCCAAAUGCAACAAAUAAUACUGGAAAGUCAAGUCCAAAGAAAAUGGUUUGGGAGCCUAAGAUGAGCCAUCAUCAGCUGACCAACACUCAUCUACCACAUGUUUCUAGAGAGACUACUAGAGAGCCUUUGAAGACUUUUGAAACCAGUUCCAAAGGAAUGCAAACAGACAGCAGCAAUUCUGUCUCAUCUUCACUCUCUAUUCAAGGAUUCGAACUUUCUGAUUUUGCAACCACUUUUAUUGACUUAAGUGAACCAACACUUCCUGAUCAUGAGAGUUUAAACCACACUGAAAACGUGGAAUCAUGUCCAUAUAGCAUUUCAUGUGCUUCCUAUUUGCAUUUUGAGAUGUCUGAACAAUUAUCUGGGGAAACCCCUGUGGUUACACCAUGUUUUCAGAAUAUAACUAGUAAUGAGAAAGUAAGUCCCAGUUUAACUCUUGAUCACUCAGGCCAAGAUGCUGAGGUAAUGUUUGCUUCUGAUGAUAGUUUUUCCAUAAAUCAAAGGACUGCAUCUGCUGGCUCCAGGUGUGAUAAUUUAUCUGUAGAUCCCUCUGCUGAAAUCACACAAGAAAUCAAAGACCCUCAAGAUUCAAAGGAAAUGUCUUCAGCCAAAUCUCUCCAACAGUCGCUCCUCAUUUCUGGAGAAAAGUCUGUUUGUGAAGAAUUUGGUCCUUCAAGUAAAGGAAGUAAUAGGCUUGAUAAAGUUAGCCGGCCAAAACUUAUGUGCAUCUCCACUGGUGAUGACAAAUUCAUGGUGAGGGAAAGACUGUCAUCAGUGGAUGAAACUGCUCCUUCGAUUAUCUCUACUAAAAUUUCAAGCCAGAAAGUUUUGCAAGAAGAGAAAGGAAUGGUUUUACAGAAUCCAGCACCAGAAAGGCCAGCUGUUGGCCAUCUUCCUCCAGCUUUUGAUGAUGUCAUUCAUGUCAUACGCCAUAGCAGUUACCGCGUGGGGAGUGAGCAGCCAGGGAAGGAAUCUGUGGAGAUGGGAGUUCAAAAUGUAGAUGUCGGUAAGUUUAUCAACAUUGCAAGGGAUGAUUUAGAAAUGAGAAAUGUGAGCACCCCUUUGACCCUAAAAUCUUCAAAUUGCUCUGAAGCUAUUGGCUUGAAGUCAAAUAUUUCUGAUAAUAUGGAAAUCAGAAACUUGAGUAGUCCUCCUAACUUAAAAUCUUCAAGUUGCACCGACUUGAUGAACAUCAAAUCAAGUUUUUCUGAUCAUCUUCUUGUUAGGAAACAAGAUGUGAAAAACACUGAUUCUCUUGUUUCAAAAUCUGAUUCCUCCGAGUAUACCAAACAUAACACUCCUACAGCUGCAGAGGAAACACCCCCAAAGGAAAUUUUGGAUGUUAAAUCUUCCAGGCAGAGAGCUGAAGCACUUGAAGGUCUGUUGGAAUUAUCUGCAGAUUUGCUGCAGCAAAAUAGAUUGGAGGAACUUGCAGUUGUUCUGAAGCCCUUUGGAAAAGAUAAAGUCUCCCCAAGGGAGACAGCCAUUUGGUUAGCCAAGAGUCUAAAAGGAUUGAUGAUCGAGGAAAGUGGGGGACGCAGUUAAUGAGUGUUUUUUAAUCCAUGGUGAGUUUGCUUCUAUUUGAUAUUUUCAAUUUACUUUUUCCACUUUCAUAGCUUUUCAAGUGCUACUUGAAUUGAGAGAACAAACAGGCUUAUCGUUUUUUCUUUCAUUUUUUGUAAUUCUUUUUAUGCUGAUGUAAAUAGUAACCAUACGAAUGAAUACCAUCAACUUACGAUCAAUUGUGUGGACAUGGCCAGGCCUUAUUAAGAAUU